AUGGGUGUGGCGUUCACCCACAUCGCCGGCAGCAUGCAGCCCCUCCUGGCAGCCAACCGCGCCGCCGUCGCCAUCGCCGGCGCCGCCAUGCAGCAGGACCCGACGAGCAACAACGACUCAUCAGCUUCCAUUAUCUCUGAACAAGUGAGGUCCAAGAUGUUCAUGGCCUUCGCCAUGCAGCCGCUGCUCGCGCAGGUGUCGUACGCCGGCGCCGACGGCGCCGCGUUCGCCUACUACCGCGGCGAGGGCGGCCGGGCGAGGGCGCUGUUCACGGACGCGCAGAACGGGUGGAAGUGGAGCACCCAGCCCGUGGAUCCGGCGACCGGCGGCCUGGUCGGGAGGCCCGCCGCCGCCGCGGCGGGGCUCCGCCUGCCCAGCUCGACGUGGGCCCUACUCGGCAGCGAGAACGCCUCGCGCGCGUCGGUCGGCGCCGGCGACGCGCCGGCGACUGCCACCGACUACAAGCCCCUUCUGCUCGGCCGGCAGCCCCGAUACGGCGACACCAAGGAACAGAAGAUGCGCGCGUUCUCCAAGGCGAGGUGCGCCGCCGCCACCAUCGACGCGCCCAAGCUCGGCAAGCUCGUCGCCGUCGGACACGGGUUGUACAACAAGUACAAAGUCGCGUGCACGAACUUCAACGUCUCCGGAGUACAACUGGGGUUCCGACUGGUGCUCCGCGGGCCGACCGAGGACGACAUGCUCCGGUCGAUGUGCAUCCCCGUGGCCGUCUUCGUGUGCGCCGCGGUGGCUGUGGCCGCGGCGUCGUGCGUCCUCGCGGUGCGCGCGCUGCGGCGCGCGGCGGCGCGGGAGGCGUCGCUGAACGCCGACCUGGUCCGGCAGAAGGAGGCGCUGCGGCAGGCGGAGCGCAAGAGCAUGAACAAGAGCAACGCCUUCGCCAGCGCCAGCCACGACAUCCGCUCCGCGCUCUCCGCCAUCGCCGGCCUCGUCGAGAUGUCCCGCCCGGAGGCCCACGCGCUCCCCGGCAUCAUGGAUAACCUCGACCAGAUGGCCGUCUGCACCAAGAAGCUCUUCGAUAUACUGAACUCGAUUCUGGACACAAGCAAGGUGGAGUCGGGGAAGAUGCAGCUGCAGGAAGCCGAGUUCAGCAUGGCCGACGUCCUGCAGGAGUCUGUGGACCUGGCCAGCGUGAUGGGCGUCCGGCGAGGGCUCGAGGUGGUCUGGGACCCCUGCGACUUCUCGGUCCUGCGAUGCGCGGCCGUCACCGGCGACUGCAAGCGCCUCAAGCAGAUCCUGGACAACCUGCUCGGCAACGCCCUCAAGUUCACCGACGAGGGGCACGUCGUCCUCCGGGCAUGGGCGAACCGCCCGAUCGCCGGGAGCAGCGCCAGUCCUCCCUCGAGGUUUGGGUGCCCGACGUGCUGCGUCGGCAGCGGCUUCUUCGGAUUCUUGUUCAGAGCAAGGGAGGAUCCUGACGACCAGGAUCACGUGGAGAAUGACCCUGAUGACUUGGUUGAGUUUUACUUUGAGGUGGUUGAUACCGGCGUAGGGAUCCCCAGGGAGAAGAGGAUGUCUGUGUUUGAGAACUAUGUCCAGGUGAAUAAUGGGCAAGGCGGCACCGGCUUGGGGCUCGGGAUCGUGCAAUCCUUUGUUCGUCUGAUGGGAGGAGAGAUCAGCAUCAAGGAAAAACAGCCCGGUGAGAGAGGAACAUGCUUCGCGUUCAACGUGCUUCUGAAGAUGAGCGGGAGGCAAGAACCCCAAGACAUAGAAGAAGGAACAUCAACACCGUCGGACCCGCUGAGCCGCUCCAAUUUCAGAGCCUCGGUGUUCCAAGAGGCCAGCAGCUUCAAGGGAUUUCAUUGCAUUCUCUACGUCCACGGUGGUGAGACCAUGAGGAUCCUGCAGACAUGGAUGGAGAGCAUCGGGGUGAAAGUUUGGCUUGUCCUGCACCCCGAGUUCAUCGCCUCGACGAUGGAGAAUGUGCUGCACAAUGGCACGACACCUGCUGCAAGGGCAUCGGCGUCGCCUACCACCGAUGAGGGGGACGACCGGUGCUUCAGCUCCAAGGAGAUGGUCAGCCAUGUCCUGCCGGCGCUGAGGAACAGCACUGGCCCCAGGAGAGGCAGCCAUGGGGGCAAUCCUUCUGGCAUCCUUGUUGUUAUCGAUGUUUCCUGUGGUGAAUCGGAGGACGUUUUCCUGGAAAUGGAGAAACUUGUCAGGAUCAAGCACCAGGCUCCAUGCAAAGUUGUUCUGCUGGACGAUAUCAGGACCCCUUCUGAUGACCUGUGGAGGUUCAAGGAGCUGGGCUGCGAUCUCGUCCUGCGAAAGCCCGUGCACGGGUCUCGGUUGUUCACGCUUCUCAUGACCCUGAGAGACCUCCAAGAUUCAGAUGCAACAGCACAUUCUUCUCAAGUUGGUCCUGAGAUUGCUGGCACCAGUCAGCAGCAAGAUUUGCCGGAGAUUGUUCUUCAUGGUCCACAGGAAGCUGCGGCAUCAACUGAGACUGCAUCCUUGGCUCAGGAACAGAAACCUGAAGAUGAGAAGCCCAUGGCUGGGAUGCAAGUAUUGCUGGUUGAAGACACUUUGGUGCUGCAAACAAUCCAAAGGAAAAUGCUGAGCCAACUGGGGGCAACUGUAAGAGUAGCUCAAGAUGGAGCCGUGGCUGUGAACUUGUUCAAAGAAGCUCUUGAGCAAGCCAGUGUUUCAGAAGAGGGUGCAAUGCCCUUGCCAUACAAUGUCAUCUUCAUGGAUUGCCAGAUGCCCAAUAUGGAUGGCUAUGAAGCGACAAAGCUCAUCCGAGAGGAAGAACACCGCUACAAGAUUCACACGCCAAUCAUCGCUUUGACUGCUCAUGAGAUGGAGGAGGAUCUGCAGAAGGCUAUCGAUGCCGGGAUGGAUCUGCACCUGACAAAGCCAAUAGAACGGAAGAGGAUAGUGGAAGCUGUUUGCCGUGUUUGCAAACGUGAGAAUUGA